AUGGCAGCAUGCCCAUUUUCUUCGACCAAUGGUAUGGACGAGAAAAUAAAUGACUGGUCAUUGUUCCGCGACUCCCUGGCUGGUGAUCACGCCGGCACGCUCUCGCUUGUCGGCGACAACGUAGAGGCGGAGUUCAUCAGCGUUGCCGGAGGGGCGAAAAUGAGCAACAUCGCCGUUGGCAAAGUUGAUUCGCACUCCGUCAGUGUAACCUAUGCGGGUGAUCGGCGCAAAGCCGGAUUCGGGGGAGAACACGGUCUGGAGCUCUCGGCGAAUUUGGUCAAGUUGCUGAGCUUGAGGCUUGGUGGCUUCGAGUGUCGUGUGAUUGGAAUCGCGAACAAUGAUGUGAUUGGGGCCAUAUUAGACCUCUUGCAUGACGGCCUGGAGGGGGAAAUUCCGAAUCAGUGCGGCGCAGCUGAACCGGGGAGGCAGCGAGGCAAAGAGUUCUGGCAGCGUGAUCUGGUGGUUCUGCGCCGCGAACAGAGCGCAGAGCAGAGGCAAUACCGCGUCGCGCGUUGGAAGCGGGGUGAGCACCUUACCGUUGCGUUCGAUGCUGGAGCCGGUGAGGAAGCCUCCGUUGGCUUCCCAUCCGCAAACGCGAUGACGCAUCAAUCACAUAGGGGCUCCCGAUUUUCGUCUUUGGACGACGACGGCGUCGGCAUGCAAAAAUUCAGCAACAAUCAUGCCCAAACGGUCGCCGCUGAAGAAGCGAAGCUCUCCUUCAGAGGCCACGAGCAGCGGAUGAUCGCUGUCGCUACACAAAUUUUGGAUAAGGUCAAGUUGGGCCUGGUCGAUGGCUUCGGUAUCGAUCGGCACGAAGCUUUCGCUGCGGCCGAUGGGUGUUACUUCAGCGCCAAACUUUUGGAGAAUCUCCACGAGAAGAUCACGGCCGACGGCGGAGUGCUGGUAGACAAAGAGCUUCACGCCUUAAAGCGUCUCGCCCUCGAAGAAAUCAAGGUAGCGCAGGAUGUAGACGGUUUUUGCUGCGUCUGA